UAAACCUUUUCUUUUCACAGUUUUUCAUUUGGUGCUUUGGAAGUUCGAUUUAAGUUAGAUGUGUUAAAAGUUAUUUGAUUUAAAGCAAAAUGGCUCGCUUGUUAAGAUGGGGUGUUCAAAAUAAAGGAAAAAUUUUGGCCGGUGUUGGUUUUGGAGUGGGAGGAAUAUGGUUACUCGGCGGACGGCAGAUGAACCUUGGCUUUGAAGAUGGACCAAUGAGAGCUCCUGAUUGGACGCAUAACCCUUUGCCUUCGCGGGAAAACCAGUUAAACGCGUUGAGAGGGACAGGAGAGUUCGAUGUACUCGUUAUUGGAGGGGGGGCCACUGGGUGUGGGGUAGCUUUGGAUGCUACUACUAGAGGUUUAUCAACUGCCCUUGUUGAGAAAUAUGACUUUUCAUCUGGUACAAGCAGUAGAAGUACCAAGCUCAUACACGGAGGGGUCAGGUAUCUCCAAAAUGCGAUUAUGAAACUUGACAAAGAGCAAUAUGACCUUGUAAAAGAAGCAUUACACGAGAGGGCCAACCUAUUAAAGAUUGCACCACAUUUAUCUGGGCCACUGCCUAUUAUGUUGCCUGUUUACACAUGGUGGCAGGUCCCUUACUUCUGGGUUGGUAUCAAGGCUUAUGACUUGGUGGCUGGCAGCCAAUGUGUAAAGUCAAGUUUUGUGCUAUCUAAGAAAAAUGCACUGGAAAAGUUUCCUAUGCUUAAAAGGGAUAAGCUCAAGGCUGCUAUUGUUUACUAUGAUGGCCAGCAUAAUGACGCACGUAUGAACUUGGCAAUCGGACUCACAGCUGCCAAGCAAGGGGCCUGCAUUGCAAACCAUACUGAGGUUCUUAAACUGUUGAAGAAAACGGAUGAAAAAACUGGAAAAGAGAAAAUAUGCGGGGCAACCGUGAGAGAUAAUAUUACAGGUCAAACAUUUGAUGUUCGAGCAAAAUGCGUGAUUAACGCUACGGGUCCUUUCACCGACUCAAUAAGGAGUAUGGAUAACGAAGAACAGAAGAAAAUCUGUCAGCCAAGUGCAGGCGUGCAUAUUAUAUUGCCAGGCUACUAUAGCCCCGAUGCCAUGGGCCUCCUUGACCCCGCGACCUCUGACGGCAGGGUGAUUUUCUUCCUUCCAUGGGAGGGGUUAACAAUAGCGGGGACCACCGACAGCCCCACUUCCGUUACCCACCACCCCGCACCAAGGGAAGAAGACAUUCAGUUCAUAUUGAAGGAAAUCAAGAAUUAUUUGAGUCCCGAUGUCCAUGUGCGUAGGGGAGACGUACAAGCAGCAUGGAGUGGCAUAAGACCCCUGGUCACCGACCCAAACUCUAAAAAUACUCAAUCCAUCUCACGCAACCAUGUUGUUAAUGUUAGUGACAGUGGAUUGGUCACAAUAGCUGGUGGUAAAUGGACAACUUACCGUUCGAUGGCAAUUGACGCCAUGGAUGCCGCGGUCAAACAUUGUGGCCUCAACCCAAAGAACGGAAGUCGCACAGAUGGCAUGCGGUUAGAUGGGGGAUAUGAAUGGACUCCUAACCAUUAUAUUACACUUGCUCAAGAUUAUGGUCUUGAAACUGACGUAGCAAAGCAUUUAUCGCAAACCUAUGGAGACCAAGCUGGACAAGUUGCUAAGAUGGCAAAAGUAACUGGUAAGAGGUGGCCAGUGGUUGGACAAAGAUUGGUGGAUGAUUUCUCUUAUAUAGAAGCCGAGGUCAAAUACGCGAUAUACGAAUAUGCAUGCACGGCAGUUGAUGUUCUAGCACGACGCACGCGAUUAUCAUUCUUGAAUGUGGACGCUGCGGAACAAGCGCUGCCCACUAUACUUAACAUUAUGCAACGUGAAUUGGGAUGGUCUAAACAAAGAGUGGCUCAAGAGAAAAAAGACGCUUUGGACCUUCUCUACUUUGAGAUGGGCAAAAAGGCCAAGGAAAGUGUAGUACACAAAGGAAUUACACUCAGCCCCAUUGAGAUGGAGAAAUACAAGCAGAGAUUCAACAUUGUUGAUCGGGAUAGGAAAGGUUUCAUUACAAGAGUCGACCUACAAAAGCUUUUACAGGACAUGAAUGAAGGAUUAGAUGACGACACUCUAACCGAUAUGUUAAAUGAAGUGGACCUCAACAAGAAUGGUAAAGUUGAACUGGAUGAAUUCAUAGAGGCUGUACAUUCAAUACAUUGGAAAAGUUACUUAUCCCUGCUUAAGAACACUUAGUAUUAUGCUUAUGAAUAAUGUAAAGGAAGGCCAUGUCUCUGGAAAUCGACUGGCAACACUAUUAAAGAUAGGGGAGCAACAACAGAAGAGCAAAACACCUGUAACAGUUGAUAGAAGUGGAGGUGGCCUUUAAGUAUUUGCACAAUGUUUUCAAUGUAUAGAUAUUAUAUGUGUGUAAAUUUUGAUUUAUUAAUAUAUAUUAUAUUAUUGUUCUAAUACCACUGACUUGUAAAUGCAGUUAUUCCACAAAAAUGUCUAAAAACCUCUUUUGUAAAACUGUACAGAAGUCAUCAUGUAAUGUCUGUAAAGUAGUCAUUUCACUUUAAAAAUGUCUAAAAAUUGUCAUAAAACGUGUGGUUCUCAUAAGAAUGUGUGCUUAUUGCAAAAUAAGUGGAUUUUUAUACAAUUUAUACACGAGAUAAAUUACCAAUUCCUCAAUUUAUAAACUUGUGUAAAGUAAAUAAAAACAUUCUGUCCAUUUUAAGUUCCACUGAGUAAAUUCCCUAAGCAGUUACACUGUGAAAGUAACACUUUAACACCGCUUGUUGCGUAACAGAUUUCACAGCCCACUUUAACACUUGCCUUGCAACAACGAGUUCAUUUUUGCAUGAAAUGUAUUGCAGUUCCUUUUUGUAUUCUGCCGCCCUAAUAUGUAUAAUAUUUUGCAGUAACUAACGAAAUAUAUUUCGCAAUACUUUGCCCUAUGGAGAUAAAAAUAAAUCUAGAUAAUUACUCAU